CUCCACCCCCAGGUGGUUUGAACUUUGAGCCUUUUGAAGUCCUGAUGAAUAAUUUCAUUUUCCUCAAGUUUAUGACACUCGGAACGUCAAGAACUGGAGGUUUCUGCAAUUUGAGACCGGUCAGCACCGUGCGAGAUCAGAGUACUAAGAGACAGAUUAAAAUGGCUUCCAGAGGAAAGACAGAGACAAGCAAAUGAAAGCAGAAUUUAGAAGAACAGUUGGAUAGACUAAUGCAGCAAUUACAAGAUCUGGAGGAAUGCAGAGAGGAACUUGAUACAGAUGAAUAUGAAGAAACCAAAAAGGAAACUCUGGAGCAACUAAGUGAAUUUAAUGAUUCACUGAAGAAAAUUAUGUCUGGAAAUAUGACUUUGGUAGAUGAACUAAGUGGAAUGCAGUUGGCUAUUCAGGCAGCUAUCAGCCAGGCCUUUAAAACCCCAGAGGUCAUCAGAUUAUUUGCAAAGAAACAACCAGGUCAGCUUCGGACAAGGUUCGCAGAGAUGGAUAGAGAUCUGAUGGUAGGAAAGCUGGAAAGAGACCUGUACACACAGCAGAAAGUGGAGAUGCUAACAGCUCUCAGGAAACUUGGAGAAAAGCUAACUGCGGCUAAUGAGGCCUUCUUGUCAGCAAAUGCAGGUACUAUACUCAGCCAGUUUGAGAAAGCCUCUACAGACCCUGGCUCUGGAGACAAAGUCCUUGCUCUGGCAAGUUUUGAGGUUGAAAAAGCAAAAAAAAUGACAUGGUACGGAAGCUUGUAACACUGAUCACAUUCUUAUUGUAAAUGGCAUCUUUCCUCCUGGGAUUUUCAGUUAUGCAAAGAAAUGAAGAGAUUCUGGAAAUGCAUCAAUAACCUAAGAAAAAGUGACAUAAA